CCUGUGAGCGAUCGAAAAAAAUCACUCUAAGCAAUCCGUACCAGAAUAUCAUUGACGGCGACUCUUCGACAUGCCAUCCGCACCCAUAGCACUCGACGAAUCGCUCAUCGACACCAUCUGGUCUCAAUGCAUCGACAUUGACAGCGACAGCUUCAGUUUCAUCACCGAACCAGCACCACCAUCACCUUCCAAGUGCGAUUGCGACUGCGAACGCAACGGCAACACGAUCGACAACAACGGAUUCGAGGCAUGUGCGCUGUGUGGCAUCUGCUUCAACCGCCCUCUCCUUGGCGAUUCCAGUGCAUUGAUGGCUAUGGAAACCAUCCCUGCCACAUCGUACAUCCGAAACGGCGACGGCAUGUCCAAGAGAAAGCGCUACCAUCUCUGGGCCACCUUUUCCAGCUCGGACCGUCUUCGCUCCAAGUACUUGCGCGAGAUUCGUUCCCUCGGCGACAGCUUCAAGAUCCACAACCACAUCACCGAGUCGGCCGCCGCCAUCUACGUCGACACCAUGGCAAAGCUCAAACCGGGCCCAUCCAUCAAAUCCAAUCGCGACCAUGUCCUCUAUCGCGGCGACACCCGUAUCGGUAUUCAAAUCGCCUGCUUCUACUUUGCCUUUGAACGGGCCAACUCACCCAUCGGUCAGCGCGAGCUUGUCAAGCAAUUCCAUGUCCCGUUGAGAUUCCUCACCAAGGGCUGCAGCAUCCUCCUGGAUAUCCACGGCCAUCCUUCAGUCGCACCCAUGUCCGCUGCCGAUCACGCUCAGAUGUACUGCAACAAACUCGGCAUCUUUGGAGACCAGCAGCAUUACUGUCACCAAAGUGGUCAAGUAUAUUGA